AUGGCGGGCCCUCCGUGUUCCCUGCACGUGAGUGCCUCGCAAUCUGUACACUGCCGCUCCGAGGGGCGACUACUUGGCAACACACGGAACUAUAAGGCAGAAUUUCUCCGAGCUAUUCUUCAUCGCAACAUCCUGAUUGCGAUUGAACAACCGGCUUCUAGCUGGGCCUUCCGUGCACAUUUGCAGGAAGUUAUCAUUCUGGCCAACUUGUGA